ACUGGGGCUGGCAGGGAGCUAGUAAACAGUGAAUGUGCUGCGGCCGCCCGGCAGGCAGGCAGGCAGGCGGCCGGAGUCAGUCCUAGAGACCCCCGGAGCCGUGCGCCUAGAAGGCAGGCAGUGAGGGGAGGCGGUUCGCCCUGUCCCUCCCACCCGCCCCUCUUUCUCUUCCACCAGCUGGUCCCAGACCCCCUGGCUCGAUCGGGUCCUUGCUAUUCCCAGGUUCUGCCCUCUUCCACCUCCUCCGAGUCUCACUCCUCACCUAGGGCGCCCCAAACUGCCAUGGGUUAGGGUGGGGACCGGCGAGCAGUGCGCGAAGGACCAGCCCUGCGCAUCCGCUGGGGGUGGACACGGACCCCGGAGGACGCCGCUCGCUCACACGAUCGAUCCCGGGCGCCGGGGCAGGGGAGCGCGGCGUGAGCCCGCACCCGGGAGGACCCGCGUUUGGAGGAGGCGGAGGAGAGGAGCAGAGAACGGACCGGCAGGAACCGAGGGAGGGAGGAACAGCACGGGAGGGCGCGGAAGCGAGGGAAAAGUGAAGCUGGGAGGAGAAGGCGGCGGAAGGUGGAGGUUGAUGCUUCUGUGUUUUGUUGCCGUGGCUGCCCUGGCGCUGGGCGCGGGGCCGGAGGGAAGGCGGUGGAGAGAUGAUUGCAGAGUUGCUGAGCAGCGCUCUGGGGCUCGCCUUGUAUCUCAACACCCUGAGUGCCGAUUUCUGCUAUGAUGACAGCCGUGCUAUCAAGACUAAUCAGGACCUUCUCCCAGAAACUCCGUGGACACACAUUUUCUACAAUGAUUUUUGGGGAACCCUCCUAACCCACAGUGGCAGCCACAAGUCCUACCGGCCACUUUGUACUCUUUCCUUUCGACUGAACCAUGCCAUCGGAGGGCUGAACCCCAGGAGCUACCAUGUGGUCAACAUCCUGUUGCAUGCUGCUGUCACGGGCCUCUUCACGAGCUUCUCCAAGAUCCUCCUUGGUGAUGGAUACUGGACCUUCAUGGCUGGCUUGAUGUUCGCCUCUCACCCCAUUCACACAGAGGCAGUGGCAGGCAUCGUGGGAAGGGCCGAUGUUGGAGCCAGUCUCUUCUUUCUUCUCUCUUUGCUUUGCUAUAUCAAACACUGUUCUACAAGAGGCUACUCAGCCAGGACUUGGGGCUGGUUCCUGGGAACAGGACUGUGUGCAGCAUGCAGCAUGUUGUGGAAGGAACAAGGAGUAACUGUUCUCGCAGUUUCUGCUGUUUAUGAUGUCUUCGUCUUUCACAGGCUGAAAAUGAGACAGAUCUUACCUACCAUUUACAAAAGGAAGAACUUGUCUCUUUUCCUCAGCAUUAGUUUGUUAACUUUUUGGGGGACCUCCCUCUUGGGUGCCCGGUUAUACUGGAUGGGAAACAAACCACCAAGCUUUUCCAACUCGGACAACCCAGCUGCUGAUUCAGAUAGCCUGCUGGCUCGCACACUCACCUUCCUCUAUUUGCCAACCAAGAACUUCUGGUUGUUGCUCUGCCCAGAUACCCUCAGUUUUGACUGGUCAAUGGAUGCUGUGCCUCUUCUCAAAACAAUUUGUGAUGGGAGAAACCUACACACUGUGGCCUUCUAUACUGGACUCCUCCUCCUUGCCUACUAUGGUUUGAAGAGCCCGAGCUCAGAAAGAGAAUGCAACGAGAAUCCUUUGACAAAUGGCAAGCAGAAUGCAAAUGGACACAGCUGCCAUUCGGAAGUGGAGUACCGAAACUCAGAGAUUAAGCCCAGCUUUGCAUCCAAAGUAGAAAAUGGCAUUAAAAAUAAUGUAUCACCAAGAACCCAACUCCCUUCUACUGAAAACAUUGUUGUUCUGUCUUUGUCUUUGUUGAUAAUACCCUUUAUUCCUGCCACAAACUUGUUUUUUUAUGUCGGCUUUGUAAUCGCAGAGCGAGUGUUAUAUAUUCCUAGUAUGGGCUUCUGCCUCCUGAUUACAGUGGGUGCCAGAGCCCUUUAUGUCAAAGUCCAAAAGCGGUUCCUCAAGAGCUUGAUUUUUUAUGCUACAGCUACACUAAUUCUUUUCUAUGGACUCAAGACUGCGAUCAGGAAUGGAGACUGGCAGAAUGAGGAAAUGCUCUAUAGGUCAGGGAUAAAAGUAAACCCAGCCAAAGCAUGGGGUAACCUUGGAAAUGUUCUCAAGAGUCAGAGCAAAAUUUCUGAAGCUGAAAGCGCCUAUAGAAAUGCUUUGUAUUACCGCAGCAACAUGGCAGACAUGCUGUACAACUUAGGGCUACUUCUCCAGGAGAACAGCAGAUUUGCAGAAGCGCUACAUUAUUACAGAUUGGCCAUUGGGAGCAGGCCUACCCUGGCUUCUGCGUAUUUAAACACUGGCAUUAUUCUGAUGAAUCAAGGAAAAACAGAAGAGGCUCGGAGGACAUUCCUCAAGUGUUCAGAGAUCCCAGAUGAGAACCUAAAGGAUCCUCAUGCACACAAGAGCUCAGUGACGAGCUGUCUAUAUAACCUGGGAAAACUCUACCACGAACAAGGACACUAUGAGGAAGCCUUGAGUGUAUACAAGGAAGCAAUUCAGAAAAUGCCAAGGCAAUUUGCUCCACAAAGCUUGUAUAACAUGAUGGGUGAAGCAUACAUGCGAUUGAGCAAGCUCCCAGAAGCAGAGCAUUGGUAUAUGGAGUCGCUGAGAUCCAAGACUGAUCACAUCCCUGCUCAUCUCACCUAUGGGAAACUGCUGGCUCUAACAGGUCGUAAGAACGAGGCUGAAAAGUUCUUCUUAAAGGCUAUUGAGCUGGAUCCCACCAAAGGAAACUGUUACAUGCAUUACGGUCAGUUUCUUCUGGAAGAAGCUCGCCUUAUGGAAGCAGCCAAGAUGGCAAAAAAGGCUGCUGAGCUGGAUAGCACGGAAUUUGAUGUUGUCUUCAAUGCUGCCCACAUGCUCAGACAGGCUAGUCUCAAUGAAGCAGCUGAGCAGUAUUAUGACUUGGCAGCCAGACUGAGGCCUAAUUACCCAGCCGCUCUCAUGAACUUGGGCGCUAUUCUGCACCUCAAUGGCAGACUGCAGAAGGCUGAAGCCAACUACCUUCGGGCUCUGCAGCUUAAGCCGGACGACAUCAUCACACAGUCCAACCUCCGCAAACUGUGGAACAUCAUGGAAAAGCAAGGCUUGAAGACCUCCAAGACCUGAUACAUGGGUUCCUGGUUUAAAGGGGACUUCAGUAACACACAAACCUUCCCAGUCGUUCUGUAAUAAGAAGCUCAUUUUGGACUGCAAGACCCAGGGCAGAGGCCAUUGUGGUUUCUACUACUUUCUGGGAGAAUCCAGUUUGAUGUUGGCACAGCCAUUAACACCAAAAAAGGGGGUGGGGAUAUUGGAGACCUCCUGGAGGCUAUAAUUGUUACCCAUUAGACUCUGGAAACCACAGCACUUAAAACCGGAUCUUUUGGCAUUCUCCAAAGGGAGGGUGAGGGUGGGAGAUGGGUAAUCUAAAUUAUGGAUUUUGUUCAUUUGGGGAAACUAUGUUUAAAAUUCUAUUGUUCCAUAACCACUGUGAGAGGAAGUCAGAGUGUCCAGUCAGCCACAGGAAACUCAAGGUGAAGUGUUCAUCCAGAGUGAGGAGAGUUUAGUGUGCAUGCCCAGUGAGCCGAGGUUGUCCUUAUGCUGCUGUCUUCUCUCUUUGGGACCACCUGCUUAUCAACUUCUGAAGCUUAGGAAACUAAUGUUUUAAUGUUCAUUUUGUGUCUGGGUCUGUCAGAAUCUGCAGUUAUGUAUCCAUGGAAGCCCCAAAUCCAAGAAUUUGAAUGUCACAAGCUCCCCUCUUCUGAAUAGCUUUUUUCAUGUUCUGGAAAGAAUGUGAAUGGGAGAGCCAGCCCACCCUUGACAUAGUUGCUGUAGGAGGAGCUGGAAAGGGCUUAGAUGUGUCAGGCAGACAUUUUUUCUAAUUACUAUUAUUUUAAUGUUGGCAGUACUUUCCACCAAACUUCUCAGUAGAAUUCAUGGCAUGAUUCCUUUGGAAGUUACCUUUUUAAUAAAAUGUAGGGGCUUCCAGAAUGCAAACGGACCGGGAAGCUGUUAAGCAUUCCAGUUUCCAUAGCUAAUUGAUAGUGAUCAGACAAAAGGAAAGCUAUUGGGGCUUCCAGGUGACUUCCGUUAAAACGUCACAUCUGCACACUGGACUGCACGUCGAUGGCUGUCUGGGCUUCUGUGUUUUGCAGAGAGUUUCUAACAGGUACCCUAAACAGCAGUAUAGAGAAAAAUUUCAAGGAAUUACUUUUAUCUUAUUUUUCUCGUCCUGGAAGAUGUCAAGAAUGACUUAUUUUUAAACUGUAAUAGAGUAGUAUUCGCCUGGUUGAGUCUAGGUCUUCUGCCAAUUGCUUUUCCCAGUUGAAAACUAUUUUUUCACUAGCAAAUUGAUAUUUAAUUUCAUUACCUGUUCUUAACCACUCCAAUGAUCAUUUCACGGGGAGAAUGCUAUAAAUGAGGUAGAGGGAAACGGAACAUUUGCUUAUUGGCUUGUAGUCAAAUGAAAACAUCAAUCCAUUAUCUACUUCUUUAUAGAGAAAAUUAGCUAUAAUAUACCCCCCAUAUUUAUUUAUUUAUUAUUCCACCAUAACAUAAUGACAACAACAACAAAAGGCUUGACUCAUCAAGCCAGUUCAUGGCAACUGAAAAUUAGCUUUUUCCCCAUUCCUUUCUAUACUCAGUGUAUAUAUGAUCAAUGUUUCCACUAAAAGGAAGCUGGACAUGCAAUUACAUCACAUUAUGUUUAUUUUCCAUAUUUUGUAUGUUGUGUUUUUGUGUCUGAAUACAAUGGGAAAAGAAAGUAUGGUGGUAGUCUUAUGGUAUUAGUCUCUGUGAAAAAGACAAUUGUAGUGAGAGAGAUUUUUUGAUCGCAUUAAUAAGAAGGCCCUCCUAUAAAUGUAUGUGUUAUUUUGUGAAUAUUUCACUCAAGGGCCAAAAGUUAAUUGAACCUAGAUCACUGUGUAUUGAGAAUGAUAUUUAACAUUUAACAACAGCAAACCUAUGGUCAAACCAAAAUAGUGGGAUGAAGUGUACAUUUCAUCUUCUAAUGCAUUGGAAA